AUGGCUCAACAUCUUCCCCACGUCUCUGACCUUAUCCGCAUCGAAGAGACAUGGCGCAAGGAACGAGAGCUUGGUAACGGCACGUUUGGUCGGGUAUGGCUCGAAGGCUGCAUCGCCGGGCCUGCUAGCGGCAAACUUCGGGCCGUGAAGGAGAUGGACAAGAACUCCGAGGUGUCAGCGAUUGACUACUCGAGGGAGUUAGAGGCUGCGGCAAAGUUUUCUCACGGGAAAUAUGUCCACUGUUUCGUCGAGUGCACCGGCUGGUACGAGUUCGCGGAUAUGGUAUUUAUCACAAUGGAGUACCUUCAGCACGGCGAUCUUCAAAAGUAUCUGAACCGGUCCUUUCCUGAGGCCCAGGUCAAAGAUAUCGCUUCUCAGCUCGUCGAGGGUCUAGGGUAUAUGCAUGACAACGGGUUCACUCAUCGGGAUCUCAAGCCGGCUGAACUGUUCGGCUAUGUUGUCCGUGGACAUGCAUUCCCUACAUCAGUAUUGACGGAGGCGGGUGCGAGCCAGGACUGCUGCGAAUUCGUCACAAAAACUAUGUUGGCCGAUCCAAGCCGUCGCCUAACAGUUCGCGAAGCCAGUGCGCAUCCCUGGGUGCAAUCGCUGCUUGAAGAGCCAGUCGUAGAUCCUGAGGCAUCCCAGGAGAGCGCCCGGCCCGACUCGCUUUCAAAUACGGGGGCAGUAACCCCUUUUGAGGAUACAGCUCGAUGGAGCACCGCCAUGUUCUCAUCUAUCGGGCAAACUGCGUACCAAGAUCAAAGGUCCAUGGCAGCGAAUCCCAAUCACUACCCGACCCAAGAGAUGCAGCCAGCAGAGAACAAAACCAUUCAAACAACCCCCAAUGAUCUUACAAAUUCUGUUGAUCGUACACAAGGUCAUGACUUGAUUGGGGGUCUUCGCAACAUGAACCUAAUUGGCAAGAUCACCAGUGCUCCACAAGUAGAGGAACCGAAUUCCUACACGACGCUAGAACAUCACAUCGACCACACAACUCAGCCGUUGACCUCGCGCCUUGCUUCCCAGGCUAUCACUCAAAUAGGCUCCAAUUCCACCAGCAAUAAUCCAUUUCGCAAGGCCCGUGAAAAUGAUAAAACAUCCGAGCUCAUAUUACAGGCAAAAUACUUCAUAGAGCCGACCACUGUACUGAUGAAGAAAAUGUAUUGCGCCGAAAGAUCUGGGUCUGCCGCUGGGAUGGAGACCGUCACUAAGCCAGAUCAAUUUGGCUUCAGCUUCAGCGGCAUUCUUAAAGCAUUAAACGUGCUUGAGUGCUGA